GGAGAUCUUCUCCGUCUUUAAAGCGUUUUACUGCUGUUUUGCGUCUGUGUUACGUACUAUACACCGUACAGUACACAGUACGACACACGGUAAAGUCUCUCUAUUGGGAAGCUGGGGUUUGUUGUGAACGUAUCAUUGUGUAAAUUUUGAAAAGCCGGGAUAAGAAAUGAAUUACAGAAAGAGAAUUAUACAGAAAGAGUCGAAGGAUGAGUCGUCAGAUGAGGAUGAUUAUGUCCCCUACGUUCCUCUGAAACAAAGGAAGAAAGAGAAGAUUAAUGUUGCAGAGAAAAGACUGGGUCGAGUGAAGGAACUGAAAGAAGAAAUCCAGAGAGAUAGCACUAAUGAGGAAUCCGAGGGUCAACAGGAAGAGGAAGGAGAAGGGAAUGAUGGGGAACAGGAGCCAGGGAUCCUCUCAAAAGUCAGCUUACUGGAUCAGCACAGUGAACUCAAGAAAAAGGCAGAGGCUAAACAAGAAACAGCAAAAGAAAAAAUGUUGAAAGAAGAAGAGAGAAUUUUGGAGAGUGUAGCAGAAAAGAAAGCUCUAAAGGGUGUGGCUGAGCUGGCAAAGGGCAUUCAGUACGAUGACCCAAUAAAGACUGGGUGGCGCCCACCCAGAUGUAUCCUUAAGCUGUCAAAGUCUUACCACGAGAAGGUGAGGAAGAAGAGGCACAUCCUGGUGGAAGGUGAAGAUCUCCCCCCUCCCAUCAAAACCUUCAAGGAAAUGAAGUUCCCCAAGGCCAUCUUGUCAGGACUAAAGAAAAAGGGCAUCCAAACCCCCACACCAAUUCAGAUGCAGGGUCUCCCUACUGUAUUACUAGGUCGGGACAUGAUCGGCAUUGCCUUCACAGGUUCAGGAAAAACUUUAGUGUUUACACUGCCAAUCAUCAUGUUUGCUUUGGAGCAGGAGAAAAAAUUACCGUUCAUUAAAAAUGAGGGGCCCUACGGACUGUGCAUUUGUCCAUCACGUGAGUUGGCCAGACAGACUAAUGACAUCGUGGAGUACUACUUUAAGUGUCUGGUGGACGAGGGCUUCCCCCAGCUCAGGAGUGUACUCUGCAUUGGAGGUGUGUCUGUGAAGGACCAGUUGGAAGCCAUCAAACGAGGGGUUCACAUCAUGGUGGCCACUCCUGGGCGUCUGAUGGACAUGCUGGACAAGAAGAUGGUUACCUUGGAUAUCUGCCGUUACCUAGCAAUGGACGAAGCGGACAGGAUGAUUGACAUGGGGUUUGAGGAAGACAUCAGAACCAUCUUCUCCUAUUUCAAGGGACAGAGACAGACUCUGUUAUUCUCCGCCACUAUGCCCAAAAAGAUCCAAAACUUCGCCCGCAGUGCUCUAGUGAAACCUGUGACAAUUAAUGUCGGGCGGGCGGGAGCUGCCAGCUUAGACAUUAUACAGGAAGUGGAAUAUGUCAAGCAGGAAGCUAAGAUGGUGUACAUCCUGGAAUGUCUGCAGAAGACGCCGCCCCCUGUAUUGAUAUUUGCGGAGAAAAAGCAGGAUGUGGAUGCCAUCCAUGAAUACCUACUGUUGAAAGGUGUGGAAGCUGUCGCCAUUCACGGUGGAAAAGAUCAGGAAGACAGAACCAGAUCAGUGAACCAGUUUAGAAAUCGUGAGAAGGACGUUUUAGUUGCGACUGACGUGGCUUCUAAAGGUCUCGACUUCCCAGACAUCCAGCAUGUCAUCAACUACGACAUGCCGGAGGACAUCGAGAAUUAUGUCCACAGAAUUGGUAGAACUGGUCGCUGUGGAAACACGGGAACAGCCACGACCUUCAUCAACAAGGGAGUCGAUGAAUACAUAUUGCUGGAUCUUAAACAUUUACUGAGAGAAGCUAAACAAAAGAUUCCACCAUUUCUGGCCAACAUGCAGUCAGAAAACGAGAAAUACCUGGACCUUGGAGGGGAGGUGGGAUGCUCAUACUGUGGAGGUCUGGGACAUCGUAUCGCGGACUGUCCAAAACUGGAAGCCAUCCAAACGAAACAAGCUCAGAAUAUCGGUCGUCGUGACUACCUAGCUCACAGCAGCGCAGACUACUAAUAAAGAGACCGGGCUUCUUACUGGUUGUCACGGAGACAGGAUUCUGAACAUUAAACCUUUCCAAAUCAUUCAAAACUACAGAGGAAUAUCUGUGAUGAGAGGAAUAUCUGUGAUGAGUACUCGGUGAAUGAAGUUUUGAUGUGGGAAUCUGGGGCCAACUUCUGGGGAGUCUUCUCUCCAUCAAGACGGACAGUGCUAACGAAGUGAAUUAUUUUGUAGCAGUACAAACUGUGUAACGAAGUGAAUUAUUAUGUAACAGUACAAACUGUGUAAUGAAGUGAAUGUAGCAGUACAAACUGUGUAACGAAGUGAAUUAUUAUGUAACAGUACAAACUGUGUAAUGAAGUGAAUUAUUAUGUAGCAGUACAAACUGUGUAAUGAAGUGAAUUAUUAUGUAGCAGUACAAACUGUGUAAUGAAGUGAAUUAUUAUGUAGCAGUACAAACUCUGUAAUGAAGUGAAUUAUUAUGUAGCAGUACAAACUGUGUAAUGAAGUGAAUUAUUUUGUAGCAGUACAAACUGUGUAACGAAGUGAAUUAUUAUGUAACAGUACAAACUGUGUAACGAAGUGAAUUAUUAUGUAACAGUACAAACUGUGUAAUGAAGUGAAUUAUUAUGUAGCAGUACAAACUGUGUAUUGAAUGGAGACUGUAUGUAACAGUACAAACUGUGUAUUGAAUGGAGACUGUAUGUAGCAGUACAAACUGUGUAUUAAAUGGAGACUGAGGUACACUGGAAUCAACAUCAUGGAGCUGCAAAUGUUUGUUAUUUCUUUUUCUGUGAGAUUCUUUAUAACUGUGUCACUGAGAUAAACAAACCUCUCAUGUCCAUUUGGAUGUGGGAGAAACCAAGCAUUUGUACUGAAAUCAUCACUGAGCAUAUUGUUUAUUUGUAGAAGGACCUUGUGUUGUUAUAUUAUUGAGCAUCAAUGUAUAUUUUUAUGAUGUACUUCCAUUUCUUCCUUUCUCUGUUUCCUUAUUGAUUGAAGUUCUGUACCUCACAUUGUAAGCUAUAUGAAAUAUAACAUGAUUAAUUACAAGUUAAAAAGAAUUAUGAUUAAUAAUAAUUAAUUAAUAGUAAUUGUGGCUGGUGAUUCAUGCUGGGAUGCCUAUAAAAAAAAUUCUUUCCAUUGCAAUAAACAUUGUAAAAAUUUUAUUAUGAAUUCGAAAAAAAUAUUUUCAAAAGAAUUCAACGUCCAGGUGAUAUGUGGAAGUAUUACACAUAACUAUUGCAAUCAUUAUGUUAGUAGGGGUACCAUUUGCUGGUACUUGGAAAAUUGAUGCUAAAUCUCAGCUUGUAUGAAUUAAUGUUGUAGUUGUACGGGUAUUACAGUGCUAUAGUACAAGUAUUAUAGUACAAGUACAUGUAUUAAUCCCGUAGAUGUACUUUUUAUGUGGCCUCUAGAGUAAGCCAUUGUCUAGUGAUCUGGAUGAACAGCUGGUGGGGAACAGCAGGAGGGGGGGUUGUUGUUGUAUGAAUUCAUGAUCUUAAUCACAGACCAGAGAAUCAUAGUGUAACUAUGUAUUAUAACUGAACAUGGUGAUAAAAGUCACCAUUUUAUCAAACUCA